AUGACCGACAGCAUGUCUUAUCCAUCCAGCACUUAUUUACCCCAAACUAGCUACUACUCUACACCCCCAAUGCACCACCACCAUGGCCACCAAGUUUCGCCGCCAUCUCGUCAAGAGGCUGCAGCGCGCAAGCGGCCUAAAUAUACCCGUUCAAAGACUGGCUGUUUGACUUGUCGCGUAAAGAAAAUAAAGUGCGACGAAGCAAAGCCAAGUUGUAUGCGAUGUGCCCACGGGCAACGAGACUGUACAUGGCCAGAUGGCGUUGCAACGACCAGAAAACGAGCUUCAUCAGUCAAGGACUCGCCGGACACUUCGACUGCCCCUUCGAGUGCUUCUCCAGGCAUAUCGGAAGCUUCGUCACCAACAUCUACCCGUGGCCAUUCUCCCCCACAAAGGAGUCCGGUGGAGCUCAGCUUGCCCCGCGAUCUCAACUUGCCUCCGCUGCUAUCUAACCGUCGGCAAGACCCUGGCUACCACUUGCCGCCUAUGCACCACCAUUCACCAGAUAUUGACUCUCCUCGUCGUGACUAUGAUCGUCGUCGUUAUUCUCCUCCAGCCCCCAUGCCUAUGGUUCAUGAUGUCCCGCAGCAACAACAUUAUAGCCGUUAUGAGCCGUUCCAGACUAAUGGCCAUAUCCAGAUGCCCCCUCGCCACACGUUAGCUUCCAGCGUACGAAGCACGAUGGGGCAUCAUCCUUCUAUGCAACAUCACCAAUGGUCCCCUCCCCCUCCUCCCUUAAUGACCCCUCCAGAACAAUACUACCAACCGGAGCGACCCCUGGUGUCGAAUGACCAUAUGGCCCGCUACCCUUGA